AUGGUGUUAGACGAGUCUACGCAAAGAGUGCUAUCAGAGCUUCGAAGGUCGCGAGGUGUAGUGAAGGCGUCUCUCACGCGCGUGCGGAAGUUCGUGGAUAAUUUUAAUCCAUUGGAGCAAGCUCUAUCCCUGUUAGAGUUUCGUCAGGAGGAGCUUCCUCGUAUUUGUAAGAAAUUCGAAGAUAUACAAGCACAGUUAGAGCUUAUCGCCGAGGAUGCCGAGAAGGAGGAAGAAGAACGUGAUUGUUUUGAGACAGAAUACUUUGACCUUCGUUCAAGGAUCCAAGAAAUUAUAAAUGCAGCCAAGCCUCAGAGCUCGACGGCGCUAAAUUCUUCCUUCAGAACCACUGGAAGUAAUAAGCCAAAUUUAGCGCCCAUCGCAUUGCCGAGUUUUAAUGGUGAUAUAAAGCAUUGGGUAUCAUUUUAUGAUGUAUAUCGCGUUAUGGUGCACGAUGAGGAUAUGUACUCACCAGCGCAGAAAUUUAUGUAUUUGCGUUCAUGUUUGAAGGGACCAGCAUCGGAACUGGUGCAAUCAAUUCCUAUAAGCGAUAGCAAUUAUAAGGUUGUCAUAGAGCGAUUAAAACAAAGGUAUGAUAAUCGAAGUCUUGUGAUACAGGCCCACAUAAGGGAAUUAUUAAACAGUCCAAAGGUAGAAGCACCGUCAGCCAAAGCACUUCAAGCACUCCAUGCUCAUGUGUGUACCCACGUUGCUGCACUCCAGGCAUUACAUCAACCCGUCGAACAAUGGGAUGCUUGGCUGGUGACCAUUAUUGCUUCAUGUAUGGAUGGUGCGACUGCACAGGAUUGGGAAUUACGAAGAAUCAAUAAUGACUUACCAAAAUACGAAGACCUCGAAAGGUUUCUUUCAAUUCGUGUUAAUGCGUUUGAGAAUUCAGAGGCGUUUAUGAGGAAAUCAAUAAUUGUUCCCAGCAGUAAUGAUACUUCAAAAAAAUCUUUUAGCACAAAAAAAAGUUUGGGGGUAACGGAAGGAAGUGUUAGAUGUCCGCAAUGCUCGGGUAGUCAUCAAUUGUUUAGGUGUGACAAGUUCAAGGCUGCAACAGUGAGUAACAGAUUAACGUUGGUUAGAGAAUCACGUCUGUGUUUUAACUGCCUGGCACCCGCUCAUAGCGCGGAUGCGUGUAAAUCGACAUACAAGUGCUAUGUAUGUAACCAGAAGCAUCAUACAUUGUUACAUUUUGAAAGAAAUGUUUAUACUAAAAAUACUAGUCUACUAAGUGGCACGGUGGAUCAUGAGGAAGUAUUACCAACAGAGGAUUCUUCAGUGGGUUCAGGUGCUGCCUUAUUGGCUAGUUCUACUCGCCAUCAUGUGUUUCUUGCUACAGCACUUGUUCAAGUCGCUGAUCGGUAUGGAUGCAAUCGAGAAUGUCGAGCAGUAUUAGACAGCGGUUCUCAGGUAAAUUUUAUUUCAAGAAAGUUCUUCAAAAAAUUGCAACUAUCUAGUAGAAAGGCAGAAAUGCCUGUUCAUGGUAUUGGAGGUGGUCGAAUUCAAUCGUCAUCAGCUCUAGACAUUAAUGUGUUAUCAACUGUCAAGAAUUUUAGCUUGAGUUUAUCUUGUUAUGUAUUACCAGCCAUAGUGGAGAACUUAGCGGCUUGCCCCGUGGCGUUAGAUAGAAUGGAUCUCUCUAAAGAAUUGCGUGAUGACUUAGCGGAUCCAGAUUUUGCUAAGGCCGGCGCAAUAGACCUUUUAAUAGGGGCUGGAUUGUUUUACGAUAUAUUAGAAGCGAAGCGGAUCAGUGUUGGCAUGGAUACCAUUAAAUUACAAGACUCAAAAUUUGGCUGGAUCGUGACAGGUGGCGUAGGAGCUGCAUGCCUUUUAGGAGUUGGAUCAGUUGGUGAAAUGUUGGAGAAUGAAUGGAGGUCGCUAAGUAAAAAGGAAGAAGAUAGAUAUGGACGUGACUCAAAAAACAACAAGAAGCGUCAAGAAGAGGUGCAAGCAAGUCAGCACUUUUCGGCGACAGUUCGACAAGAUAGUAGGGAUGGCCGUUUUAUAGUGCGUUUACCGAUAAAGGGGGAGAUAGAAGACGUCGGUAACACUUUAGAUAUGGCUAGAGCUAGAUUUUUGAGUGUAGAGCAGAAAUUAGCUCGGAAUGAGACGUUGCGCGAGGAGUACGUAAAAUUCAUGAGAGAGUACUUAGAGAUGAAUCAUAUGGAAGAAGUAGUGGACGAACUUACCAUUCCAGAACGAGUUUGCUAUCUACCGCAUCAUGCGGUUGUCAAAUCCUCCAGCUUAACUACGAAGGUCAGGGUAGUGUUUGAUGCUUCCGCCAGAGGCACGAAAGGGAAGUCACUCAAUGACAUUCUAUUAUGUGGGCCAACUGUACAGGACGAUGUGUUUACCAUUCUAAGUCGGUUUCGAAAGCAUCAGUACGUGCUGAUGGCGGACGUCGAAAAAAUGUACCGCCAAGUCAAGAUGGAUCCCGAGGAUUGCGAUCUACAGAGGAUAGUAUGGCGUUUUUCCCCUAGUGAAGAGUUGCGAUCAUUUCGGUUACUAACUAUAACGUAUGGUACGGUUCCAGCAGCAUUUAUGGCAACACAAUGUCUGGUAAGGGUGGCAGAAGAUGCAAGGGAAAAGUACCCGUGGGCGUCCAGGUCUAUUAGAGAGGACUUUUACAUGGAUGACCUUAUGACGGGGCAUGAUACAGAAGAAGGUUGUGUGAAGUUGCAGCAGGAUAUUUCUACUAUUUUGGAUGCUGCAAAAUUACCCCUCCGAAAAUGGUGUUCCAAUUCGCAAUAUGUAAGACAGCAGAUUGGUAAAUGUAGUGAUGAUCCAUUGUUUUCAUUAGAAAUCGAUAAUGAUGAUACGGUGAAAUCGCUAGGCCUAUGCUGGAAGCCCAUGGCCGACGAAUUUCGAUUCAGUAUUACACCAAGUAUUUGCAUACGACCUAAAUUAACAAAGCGUAUGUUAUUGUCUGACCUUAAUCGUGUAUUCGAUCCUUUAGGGUUCCUCACGCCCGUUUUGAUAGUCGGAAAGAUUUUCUUACAGCAGUUAUGGCAAAUAAAGGCAGACUGGGACUGCGCUAUAUCUGAAGAGAUGCAAGGGAAGUGGACAUCGUUCUACGCUGGACUCGAAGAGCUAAAAGAAUUGGCCAUUCCUAGAGGAGUAUUGACAGCAAAAAAGAAAUAUUUUGAAGUCCAUGGAUUUUGUGACGCUUCACAAGUGGCUUAUGGUGCGUGUAUUUAUCUUCGCUCCGUGGGGCAGAAUGGUGUUUGGCAAGCACAUCUGUUAUGUUCAAAGAGCCGUGUAGCACCUCUGAAGGGCACAACUAUUCCAAGAUUGGAGUUGAACGGAGCGUUGUGUUUAGCUGAGUUGAUCCAGAAAGUUUCCAAGUCUUGGGACACGGAUUGUCUGUCAUGUAGAUUGUGGACAGAUUCUAUGGUGGUAUUAGGAUGGAUAAAUGCUCAAUCUAGUUGUUUGAAGACGUAUGUGUCUAAUAGAGUAAAUCAAAUCCUAGAAUUAACGGACACUAGACAAUGGAAUUACGUAAAUACGAAGGAUAAUCCAGCAGACGCUAUAUCACGGGGGAUUAGCGCACGAGCUUUAAUUACAUCGACGCUAUGGUGGAAAGGCCCGAGCUGGUUAAGGAUGGAAGAAAGUGCAUGGGUUCCAAGAGUACAACAAGUAUUGAAGGAACAAGAUCUACCGGAAAGAAGAGACGUAAGGCUAGCUAUGAUGGUAGCUAAGAACACGCACGCUAUCAUACAGCAUUACUCUGAUUGGAACAAAUUAAAGCGAGGAGUCUCCUGGCUUUUACGCUUUAUGGAGUAUUUGAAGGAUCGGAAAUCUGCAUCUCAGUUGCCGUAUCACUCUGUGAGCGAGCUAAAGCGAGCUGAAGGGUGGAUACUAAAAAGAGUUCAAAGUGAAAUGUUUUGUGCGGAAGUACACUCCUUCAUAGAAGGUAAGGAAAUAAGCGUGCGGAGCAAAUUAAGAAGCUUAAAUCCCUUUAUGAAGAAUGGAUUGAUUGUGGUUGGUGGUCGGUUGAAUAAUGCCGAGGCUCCUGAGACGUACAAGCAUCCGAUAGUGUUACCAGCUGAGCACAAGGUCACGCAGCUAAUCUUUAGGCAAAAGCAUGCGGAACAGUUACAUUGCGGUCCUCAAGCGUUGUUAGCUGAAGUACGGAGACAGUAUUGGCCGUUACGAGGGCGAGCGGUUGCUCGUUCUAUCGUAUUAAAAUGUGUAAGAUGCGUGCGCUCAAGACCACGGUUCACAGAGCCAAUUAUGGCUCCUCUGCCGAAGCAAAGGGUGCAAGGCACAUACCCAUUUGCUGUUACUGGGGUCGAUUUCGCCGGACCAUUAAUAAUUCGUAGUGGUGUUCGCCGGGUGGUGGGAAUUAAGGCAUGGAUAGCGGUGUUUGUGUGUUUUGUAACACGAGCCAUUCAAGUUUUUAAAUAUUAUAGGCUAUAUAUAGCUCAAAUAUAG